AUGUCAGAAGAUUUAAACGAAAUAGAUUUAAUUAUGUUUAAAAAGUUAAUUCAAGAUUCUAAUUAAUUGUUUUAAAAAAUAAGAAAAAUAUCAGAUGAUUCAUGCAAAUUAAUAGAAGAUUAAUUAUAUUAAGAAGCAAUUUAGUAGCUUAAAUAAGCAGAAAAUAUAGCAGAACUAGCAGCUAAUUCCGGAAAAGCGCUUGAUAGAAACUUAUUAAUAAUUUUACUUUAUAAUAUUGCUUGUGCAUAUUAAGGAUUAUGGGAAUUAGAUAAAUGCUAUUAAUAUAUAGAUGGUGUAAUAUAUAAUUUAGAAUAAGGUUUAAAAGAGCAAGAAUAAAAUGAGAAAGAAUAAAAAAACGAAGAUUUUUAAUCAUACAAGAUAAAAAAACAAUCAUUUUUAGUAAAAUCCUAUUUAUAAAAAUGUGCUAUAUUAUCCUAAUUAGGAAUGUAUAAAAAAUAUGAAAAAUAAAACAAUAAAAAAUAACAAAAAAGGCAUAAUAUGGCAAUAGAAACUGCCUAAAAAGGCAUUUAAAUGAUCGAAAAAAUAUUUAAUUUAUUAACAGAAUUAUCAUAAAAUUAAAAGUAUGAUAAAAAAGCUAACUUUUCGUGUGAAAAAACUGAAAAUACAAACUAAUACAAAGCCAAAGAAGAAAUUUUAUAUACACCUUUAAUAUAUGAAAAUGCUUAAAUUUUUUUAUAAAAUUUUUCCAAUAAAAAUCUUUUUAAUAUAGAAAUAAAUACCAAUAAUUAUAAUUAAUUAAGACAAUCAAGAAAAUCUAUAUAUUUCUGGAAAAAUAAUCCAAAUAAUAAUGAAAAAAAUAUGAGAGCAGAACUCUAAACACCAAUAAAAGAUUCAGAAAACGAAAGUAGGAGCAUUUUGGGAAUUAGAAAUAGUUACCAAUGGAUCGAGUAAUUCAAUAUCGGAUCAAUUAUGCAUAUGGUAUAAAUUUAAUAUGAUAGUUUUAUUUAUUUUGAUGAUAUCAUUUAUGAACUUUCAAAAAAAUAAUUAAUUGAGAAAAUGCUUUUUUUAUCUAUUUGUUAUUUUACUAUUGCUACUGAAAUUAGGUUUAUAGAAUUAGAUAAAUAUAAAAAUUAAAAUAACGAUAAUAAUAAUACUCUUGAAAAAUAAUAAAUUAAAAUAAACAGUGAAUAAUAUAGAUAAAGUGAAACUUAUCAUCUUAAAUCUAUUGAAAUUGUUUGUUUAGCCAUAACAUGCUAAUCUCCUUAUAUAAAUCAUUUAAUUAACAGCUAUCAUAAGCACUAUAAUUCUUAAUUAGAAAUUAUUGAAGAAGAAGAUAAUUCAAAUAUUUCAUAUUAAUCUACUUAAAAAAAAGAAAAUUCAUAUAAAUAUAAUAAUUAUUUUAAAAGCACUUAAGAUUUUUCAGAAUAAAAGUUAAAUAUAUCUAAUAAUUGUGAUAAUAAUAAUUAUGAUAAAUAAACUAAAAAUCAUAAAAUUUAGCAAAAUAAUUAAGUUUUUUCAACUUAACCAAAUAAAAAUAAAAAAGUUAAACAUUUUAAACAAAUUUUAUUUGUCUUAUAUAUAUAAAUAUUUUAUAGAAAUUAAACAAAAAUAAACUUUUUUAAAAAACAAACUUAAAUUAAUCAAAUAGUAUAGAAAAUAAUUUAUAAAAAGAUUUAUCAUAAAAACGUAUUUAUCCGAUUUUAAAUGAAGUAAAUGAAAAAUAACUAAAUUAAUAAAAAAAAUUAAAGAGAUUUCAAAUAAAUAUCAAUUUCUAAAUAUAUAAUAAGAAUUUGCUGA